AUGGGGAACAUCACAGUGGGCCCUUCCUCUAGCAACUGUACCAUUGACCAUACCAUUCACCAGACUCUGGCUCCCGUGAUAUAUAUUUUGGUUUUGGUAGUGGGCUUCCCAGCCAAUUGCCUCUCUCUCUACUAUGGCUACCUACAGAUCAAAGCCAAGAACGAACUGGGGGUCUACCUCUGCAACCUGACUGUGGCUGACCUCCUCUAUAUCUGCUCCCUGCCCUUCUGGCUCCAGUAUGUUCUGCAGCAUGACAACUGGUCCCAUGGAGACUUGUCCUGUAAGAUCUGUGGCAUUCUCCUCUAUGAGAACAUUUACAUCAGUGUGGGCUUUCUUUGCUGCAUUUCCAUUGAUAGGUACCUGGCAGUGGCCCAUCCUUUCCGCUUCCACCAAUUCCGCACUGUGAAGGCUGCUGCUGGGGUCAGCGUGGUGAUCUGGGUCAAGGAGCUCCUGGCUGGCAUCCAUUUCUUCAUGCACAGUGAAGUUGUGGAAGAUAAGGACCAACACCGGGUCUGCUUUGAGCAUUAUCCCAUCCAGCCGUGGCAGCGGACCAUCAAUUAUUACCGGUUCUCCGUGGGCUUCCUCUUUCCCAUUUGCCUGCUCUUCUUCUCUUACUGGGGCAUCCUACGGGCUGUACGGAGAAGCCACGGCACUCAGAAGAACAGAAAAGACCAAAUCCAGAGACUAGUAUUGAGUACCAUGGUCAUUUUCCUCGCCUGCUUUCUGCCUUAUCAUGUCCUGCUGGUUGUUCGCAACUUGUGGGAAGAUAAUUGUGAGUUUGCCAAGGGAAUCUUCAACCCCUACCACUUCUCCCUCCUCUUGACCAGUUUCAACUGUGUGGCUGACCCAGUGCUUUACUGUUUUGUGAGUGAGAACACCCACAAGGACUUGGCCAGGUUGCGCAGUUCCUGCUUUGGCUUCCUGACCUGCUCCAGUAGGAGAGGGUCCAAGGAGUCCUACCCACUGAGCAGCCCAGAGGCCUCUGGGAAAAACGAAGCCCAGAAGGAGGAGCCUGAGUUGCUAACUAAACUCCACUCCCCAGGCCAGGUCACCUCUCCUGGAAUGAUAGGGCCCAGCUCAGGAAUGUCAGACUAG